CCAUGUGGUUCCAGCUGAAUUUUUUCCCCCUCUCUCUUUCUUCACUCCUUUUUCUUUCCAAACAGGGAAAAGUGUUCCACGAAGCGGUAGCGCCUUUCCGCCUCGCGUUUCCCUCCCUGACCCUGGUCCCGGCUCCUGUCCCGGCGCGAGCUGGUGGGGCGAGCGCCGGGAGCCCAUCUGCUCCCGGGGGCGCGGGGCGCGGGGCCGGCUUCCGCCCGGCACAUGGCUGCAGCCGCCCAGCGCGCACCCCGAGGCGCCGCGCCCAGCUCGCCCGAGGUCCGUCGGAGGCGCCCGGCCGCCCCGGAGCCAGGCAGCGGCUGAGCGGGGAAGCUCCCGCGUCCGGGAAUCGGGAUGUCCCUCCUCCUCCUCCUCUUGCUAGGAGGUGAUUUUCCUGUGAGUAGAAAAUGCAGGGCUGGGAGUGGUGU